UUUCUUGUGUUGAAGGCUGGAUUGGCAGUGAAUUCAUCUAAACGGCGAACAAGUUCUUCCAAUUUUUUUGGGUAAAAUAAAUUGGAAUCAUUUGAGUUGCGUGAUUAUCCUUGGACGCUGAAAAAAUAAAGAGUUUGUCAUCGACCGAGAAGGAUGAAUAAUAACACGACGUCCAGCGUUGUCAUAGGAUUGUGUGGGGAAAGCCCCGACCUGGUCGUGGACAAGGUCAGUGACCACAAGAAAUAUACAAGCAUCUCUCCUCUUUCGAUCAUGAGGGCAACCUUGGGUCGCGCUCAACACGACUCGCAGGCGACGAAGCUGCGGCUGCACUUCCGGGCCAAACAGUUGGCGUAUUUGGCGUCGCAGAAUGGAGAUCAUUUGCAGCACCACAACCAGAACAGCUACCAUCCGGCAUCAGAGGGUGGUGCACCACCACCACAGCACCACAUCCACCAUCCGAGGGACCACACUGCUGCCGAGCUCAUGAAUGCUGGUCUCGAUGCUAAUGAACGUGCCCCAGUUUUCAACUACUCCACUUGGAAUCAUGACCCAGUUUUUGGGUUCGAAACCAUGAUUUCUGGCAAAGAUGUGCAGUCGAACGCCAUUCAUUACUGGGCCCAGUUGUGGCUGGCGUCCGCCGCCUACUUGGCGGUCAUUUACGGGAUCAAAAGUGCCAUGGCGACUCGAAACCCGUUUUCUCUACGGGUUCCACUGAUUGUAUGGAACUGGGCCUUGGCUCUCUUCAGUCUCUGCGGCGUGUUACGAAUGCUGCCUGAACUCGUCUUUGCACUCAGCAACUACGGAAAAUACCAUUCCGUCUGUGUUGCCAGUUACGCCGAGCUGAACAAAGUGUGCGUAUUCUGGGCCUGGUUAUUUGGCCUGUCGAAGCUGGUCGAAUUUGGCGACACGGUUUUCAUCGUCUUGCGAAAACAGCCGUUGAUUUUCCUGCACUGGUACCACCACAUCACGGUCUUGCUCUACACGUUCUAUUCAUUUACCGAACUGACGGCAUCCGGAAGGUGGUUCAUCACAUUCAACUACUUGGUGCAUACCGUCAUGUAUGGGUAUUACGCACUGAAGGCCAUGCGGUUCCGAGUCCCGAAAUCCGUCGCCAUGUCCAUCACAAUUCUUCAGGUUUUGCAAAUGAUUGUCGGGAUUUACGUGAAUGCGUCUGCGUAUGCCUUCAAACGUCAGGGCAUGCCUUGCAGUGUCAGCUACGACAACAUGAACGCCUCCUUUGCCAUGUAUUCGUCAUAUUUCCUGCUCUUCCUCAACUUCUUCUACAGGGCCUAUUUGUGCAAGGGUAACAAGGACAAAUGGGCCUCGAGGAAUAAUGCGACGGAAUCCAAGGCCAUCACUUCUUCCAAAAAGGUCGACUAACAGCAGUGGUUCCUUUUCAGAAGAAAAAAAAGGUUUUUUUUUUUGGUUUGUUGCUAAACCGCUGGACGGCAAUAAGAUCCAAGUCCGGUUUUGUCCACCGUUUUUUGUUCAAGGUUCUUGGAAAUAUGUUUAAGACCUGCUGUUGAAUGGGCUCAAGGUCAAAAUUGGAAUUCCUAUAUGUAUACGCAGUGAAUCGUGUAUUGAUUUUUGAGCACGUUAUGAUUUGAUCUUGGCCAGGAAGUAUCGUGCGAAAAAACAUCAGUGAUCUUUUUGCGCGCCAAGUGGACCAUUUUCGAGGUUUUCUAAUUGAGUUAAAUUCUGAUGAAAAGUGCUUAUUGAUGGGAAGGGACUCAUAUUUUAAAAUACUGUAGUUCAUUACUCGAUUGAGUUCCAAUUUCCAGCAAGAAAAGGCAUAUUUUCUGAAUAUCUUACCCGUUCAGAAAUGACUAUCCAGAAAAACCCUUCCAGGUUUUUCAAGGGUUAAAUUGGUCCGGAAGCAAGUAUAGAUAUGUUUUUUAUGAUGAACGUGAUGUGCAUAAAUUUUUAAUUGGGUUCUUUGCUUUUUAAAAAUUCGAGAGCUGUAUAGUUUCGGAAUCGUGCUCUCGGUGUUUUAAAAAUAAAUUUUUGAUGGAUGAAGAGGUAGAUGGAUGAGCUUUAUUGCGAAAUAUGACUGCUUUUUUGUUUUAGUUCAAUUUGUGAGUUUGAGUUGAAAUUUUUCUGAAAAGUGUCAAUUAUACAGCUAGAAUCCGCACAGAAUCUCCCGUAUUGUGGACGGGAAAAUAAAAUUUGAUUUUUUUGUAUGGAAAGAUUCCUCUGGCUUAUAUAUUCAAUUGCAAUUUUUCUGAGCGAUAUGCCAUAUCUGCUCGGCAUGUAUUUUCAUUUUUCCGAGUGAAGAAUUUCGCAAAACAUCGAAUCGAAAAUUUUCGGGAAACUUUGAUUUUAUUUCGGGAAAAAGUUAUUCGAUGUCCUGUUUUUCUUGUGCUGAUCUGACAGUCCUUUGUGUUAUUCGGGAUUGCUUACGUUUGUAUGCAAAGAAAAAUACAUUCAUUUUACAA